AACAUCUAGUCCUUACUCACUCUCAAGAGUAAGACCAAAGUCUCCAUCAGCAUGGCACCAUAUGGUAGAACUUCCUCAGAGUCCUUGUGUGUUAGUGGUGGAGGUGGUGGACGAAGGGUUAGUGGCUUAUGGGCUAGAAGUGUCCAUGGAGGAGCAGGAGGCUCUGAGGUUUACAUUUCCCAAGCCUCUCAGCCUUUGGUGGUUGGUGCAUCUAGAAUAGGUGUUCGUGGAGGCUUUGGUUCUGGUGUUGGUCUUGGUUCAGGUAUUGGUGUAGGUCUUGGUUCAGGUGUUGGUCUUGGUUCAGGUAUUGGUGUAGGUCUUGGUUCAGGUGUUGGUCUUGGUUCAGGUAUUGGUGUAGGUCUUGGUUCAGGUAUUAGUGCCAGCUCUGCUAGUGGUUUUGGUGCUGUGCUUGGAAGUGGAGCUGGGUUUGGAGCUGGUUCUGGGUUUGGAGGUGGUGCUGGAGGACCGGCUGAUGGCAUACUGGGCAAUGAGAAGUUCACCAUGAGGAUCCUCAAUGAGCGUUUGGCCUCCUACCUGAAGAAGGUGCACUUGUUGGAAAAGGCCAAUGCAGAGCUUGAGCUGAAGAUCAGACAAUUUGUGGAGAGCAGGACCUCACCUACUACACGGGACUACACCGACUCCUUGACUACCAUCAAUGACCUCCAGGCCAAUAUUCUGGAUGCCAUUCGGUUGAAAGGUGUGGUCCAUAUCAACCUCGACAAUGCCACAUUGGCAGCAGAUGACUUUAGGAUUAAGUACGAGAACGAGUUGGCCCAGCGUCAGGCUGUUGAGGCCGAUAUCUCUGGGCUGAAGAGGCUGCUGGACGAUAUCUCCUUGAGCAAGACAGAGCUCACUCUGCAGAUUGAUGCACUGAAAGAGGAGAAGGUCUACCUGAAGAAGGUCCACAAUGAGGAAAUGGUGACCACACGCAGCAAGAUGAGUGGACAGAUUCAUGUGGAGGUGGAAUCUGCACCACAGCAAGAUCUCACCAGUGUCCUGGAAGACAUUCGAGAUCACUAUGAGACCAUCGCUUCCAAGAACCGGAGAGACCUUGAGGCCUGGUUUAAGGGCAAGUUGGAGACCCUGAAUCAAGAGGUUGCUGCCAGCACGCAGACCAUAGAAACAUCUAAAACAGAGCUGAGUACAGAGAAAACCAAAGUGCAGGGUCUGGAGAUGGAGCUGCAGUCUGUCCUCGCUGUGAAAUCGUCCUUGACUGCAAAACUGGCAGAGACACAAGCUUUCUACUCUUCACAAUUAUCAGGAUUCCAACAGCAGGUGCUGAGUGUGGAGGAACAGCUGGUGCAGCUUCGUGCUGAUCUGGAGCGUCAAAGUCGCGACUAUCAGAUGCUGCUGGACAUCAAGACCAGACUGGAGAUGGAGAUCGCAGAGUACAGGAGACUGCUGGAUGCAGGGGUCAGUGGGAGUGCCGUAGUUGCUACCAGCAAGAGCUCUACUAUCAAAACUUCCACCACGGUGCAGUCAGAGGAGCCGUCAGAAAUUCCAUAACGUGUUUAACAACAAACGACAAGAAUGUAUUUCACUAAACAUCAAGUUGAGUAAUAAAGAUUACUUCAAUCAUGA